AUGGUGCCUUGCAGGGUCCAUGCUCAGAUGCAAAUGGUCGUGGCCAACCCAGUAGCCCAAGGGCAAUUCUGGCAUUUGGAUAACGGUGCUGGAGGCCUGACGGUCGUAGUGCCACUUACCUUAGAUGAUGAGAUGCUAGGACCUCUUAUGGUAUUGCCAGGGUCACAUCAUGUUGCUGGGAAGAACGCUGCCGAUUGGUGGUGGACUCGGGCCAUGAAUGUGUUCAAAGGCGUCCUGACGAGGAGUGGCCCAGACGGUAACACGUCGGUUACCUAUGAUCUCGGUGAUGCUAUAAUUUACAGCGGGAAAAUGAUCAAAAGAGAACGCGGUAACCGGAAAUACAAUCGGUCGAAGGUGUACCUGGUAUGGCGAUUCGAUUUCACCGACACGCCUCCGCCCGGCCAAAACGUCUUCCAGACCGUCUGGUUCUGCCGUGAUCGGUUGUUGAGGAACAAUAGCAGACUUUACCAUGACCAAAUACACUUCAAUCACCGACCACCGACGGCUUCACCAGAGGCGAACGAUACGAAUGCACUUGCUCAACCUACUAUUCAGCGGAAGUAUUACCUGAGAGGAUCAUCUAUAAGAACACUGUGGAUGCAGAAAGAGAACUUCAAGCAAGAAAAGUUCCAAGAAGAGAGGGGAGGUUCCAACCAUAUCUGUAACAUACAAGCCUCAUGA